UAAUUGAAUCUUCUGUGGAGGACAAUCUUGGAGGUUUCCCCUCCGGUCGGAAAGAGAAAGACGUUGGAUUCUAAAAAACUGGAUAAGGAAAGAAAGAUCGACUAGUUCCGAGAGAAAUGACCAUGGUUAACGUUGAAGAUGAGUCCGUCCAUGGUGGUGCUGGCGACGGUGACGGCACCGUGAAUGAUGACAUCGCCGGAUCUGUCGCUGGAGAAAUUGGAUUAUCAGCUAAGAAGCUGAUUCAUGAAGCUUCUAGGUCCAUGGAACUCGCUUCCUCUCAGCCAGAUGCUUCAACAAUCCUUCCUACUCAACUUACUGUUUUAUUUGGUAGGAAAGUUAGUGUCUCUGAUGAGAUCGAGCAGAAAAGAUUCAAGAAAUCAUCCGUAUUGUUACUGCUGCUGCUAAAUCCAUUGAGACAAAGACUUCUGGUCCUGUCGCUUCUCCAGCACUGAACAGAGCUCCUUCAUUCUCAAGCACAUCUACUACAGCUUCACCAGCUACUCAGUCAAUUUCGUUUUUUGCAGAUCUGCAGCUGGUUAGUAUUCCAUUUCAGUGAUCUUCAAACACUGAACAUGGAUUAUUCACUUUAAAUUUCCACUUAUCUGUUUUGUCGAUUCAGAUCUACCAAUUGCAAGGCAUGUUCUUGGAAACUCAAAUCUGAUCAGUGUUAAAAAAGUUUCAUAUGCUUUUAUAACUAAGAGGGACUAGUAAAGACAGAUUGAUCAUAGUUAGUGAAUCUAACCGCAACAUUCACAUUCUUUAUAUGCAGAUUGGUCAACAAAAGCCCUUACCCUGUUUCAGACAUGGAGAAGACAGACAAUGCCUCUGAUAAGGAGGAGGAGGACGACAGACAACACUUUCUUUAUCAGUGUAUCAUAAUAAUAUAUGCUGCAGUGUUGUAUGAAAAUGUCUGUAUAGGUUUGCUGGACAAACCGAUGCAUGUUUGUAGUGGUGAAGGACAUGUUUAUCAUUUUACAUUUCCUCCUAAUGAUGAAUACCAGAGUAUUAUCUAUCAUCUACUGAAAGUACAAGCUACUGUGGCUAUAUUGGAGUAGAGUCUUUUUAUCAUAACUAAUAACUCUUCCACGAUA